ACCAACGACAAAUUCGAUGGAAAUCUAAAAUGAAUUUAAAUUCAGAGUACGUAGUUUUCUUGCUCUUAUUUUUGGCAAGGGUGUGGGCCUAUAAUUCACAGAAAUGUGAUGAUUUGCCUAGUCAAACUGGACCCUGUAAGGCCUCGUUUCGAAUGUGGCGCUUUAUCAAGGAGCGAAUGGAGUGCGAGUCCUUCACCUACGGAGGAUGUCUGAGCACAAAUAAUAUUUUCGAGCUGGAAUCGGACUGCAAAGAGCAGUGCCUGAGCUGAAGCCGCAAUUCAAAUAUAAACAUUUAUGCCCCCUGAGGAUGGCCGUCCAUUGUGUGCCACAAAAUAAAAGUUUCCAGCUGCUGGGAAGUUUUUGACGCUUUACGCUCUCUUUCCGAAAA